AUGAAGAAGGAAUUUGAAAUGAGCAUGGUGGGGGAGUUAAACUACUUCUUAGGUCUUCAGGUAAAACAAUGGAAAGAUGAGAUAUUCAUAUCUCAAGAAAAGUAUGCCGAAAAUCUCGUAAAAAGAUUCGGUUUAGACUCCAAGAAACAUGCAUCCACUCCAAUGAGUUCCUUGGUAAAACUGAGCUCCGAUCUAGCCGGUGUGGAAGUAGAUCCAACACUCUACAAGAGCAUGAUUGGGAGUCUCCUUUACCUCACUGCGAGUAGGCUGGAUAUAGCCUUUAGUGUUGGGGUAUGUGCACAUUUUCAAGCAGCACCCAAAGAGUCCCAUAUGACAGCGGUCAAAAGAAUCAUCCGCUAUGUCAAUGGAACAUCUGACUGUGGAAUUUGGUACUCAAGAGAUUCAAAUGACUACCUAUUCGAAUACUCGGAUGCUGAUUGGAUCAGGUGUGUUAAUGAUAGAAAAAGCACCUCGGGAGGCUACUUCUACCUCGAAAAUAAUUUGGUGUCUUGGAUGAGCAAAAAGCAAAAUUCAGUGUCUCUAUCAAUGGCUAAAGCAUGGUAUAUUGCGGUGGAGAGUUGUUAUGCUCAACUAUUGUGGAUGAAAAAGCUUCUUCAUGAUUAUGGAAUUUCUUAA